CCGCCACCGCCACCGCCAUCUUGUGACCCCCCUCCCGCCCGCUGGGGGGUGAAGGCGAGAGCGAAGUGAAGAGUACUGGAGCGGCGGACAGCGGCCCAGCCUCAACCCUCACCUCCAGCCCGGUUAACGCCCGGCGAGGUCAAUGAAAACAAGAUGGUGGACCGCUUAGCAAACAGUGAGGCAAAUGCUCGACGGAUUGGCAUGGUUGAGAGCUGUUUUGGAGCAGCUGGGCAACCCCUGACCAUACCUGGCCGGGUGCUCAUAGGUGAGGGAGUCCUUACAAAACUUUGUCGAAAGAAACCAAAAGCCAGGCAGUUUUUCUUGUUCAACGACAUUCUUGUCUAUGGUAAUAUCGUCAUCCAAAAGAAGAGGUACAACAAACAGCAUAUAAUUCCAUUGGAGAAUGUUACAAUUGAUUCCAUUGAAGAUGAUGGUGACCUGCGUAAUGGCUGGCUCAUUAAGACUCCAACCAAAUCCUUUGCUGUUUAUGCUGCUACAGCUACUGAGAAAUCGGAGUGGAUGAAUCACAUUAACAAGUGCGUUUCUGAUUUGCUAUCCAAAAGUGGGAAAAUACCCAGCAACGAGCACGCUGCAGUCUGGGUGCCCGAUUCCGAGGCGAAUAUAUGUAUGCGUUGUCAGAAAGUCAAGUUCACUCCAGUCAGUCGUCGACAUCACUGCCGCAAAUGUGGAUUUGUUGUGUGUGGGCCCUGUUCAGAAAAAAGGUUCCUCUUACCGAGCCAGUCUUCCAAACCCGUGCGUGUGUGCUCUUUCUGCUUUGAUCUUCUUUCCACUGGACAACUAACUGCAACUCUUCCAAAUCGCUCUGAAUUUUAUCGCGGGUCACUGCAGUCCCCUAGAAAUUUAUCUGAUGAAGAUGACGAUGACGACAGCAGUGAUUAAACGUGAAAUGUCAGCGUUGGUAUUUAAGUAAUGGGAGUACAGCUUCAAAUGAACUGCUCUUGAGGUCUAUUAACUUCCCUCAGUGUUUCUCUUGUGACGUUAGCCAUAAACUAUACCUGCAAACCUUAAAACAAAACCUGUGCCUAAAUGUUCAAUAUACUAAUGGUAUCCUCCUCUACUUCUACAGGGAUGCAUUGCUGGCGUCAAAUUAUCAUUCUUAGGCUUGUUGUAACCAUUGAUUAUUUUUCUAGUUACUUGAUUUUUUUUGCAGUAUCUAAAAAUAAAUAAAUCUAAUUGCCCUCAGUUUGUAUUAUUAUUUUAUUUUCCCUAAAGUUUGCAAUGAAAUGCCCUGUAAAUAAAAGCCCCCUCAAAUACAGCUAUGCAAAGGAUUUCCAAACUUUGCAAUUUGAUUUAAGAGGAGCAGGAUGUAAAACACAAUUUUUCAAAGUAAACUUCGGAUUGUCGAAUUUGUCCAAUUCUACACACUGGAUUCUUCGUGCUUUUUAGUUAGUGCACCGAGCAUUGAUUAUAUUGUUCUGUAAGGCAAGUAAGUGACUAGGAUGUGCAAACAUGGGAACGUUUAUUUUCUGGCACCCCCCCCGAGAUAGUGUCUUGUUCCACGUAGUUAUGAACACAUCUUAACGAGCUCCGCUGAAAAUGGCGAGAGGGUGAUUCAGUCUGCUUUUAUAUUCGGUUCUGAAACCCUUCCACAAAAUGUUAUAGAGCUUACUAACAGUAGUCAUAAAAGCAAGAUUACUUUUGAAAAUAUUAAGGAUGUUUUAAUAUUAAAUCUUCAGUAUUUAUAGAACAAUUUUGGUGUUUCGAGUCACUUGGCUCUAACUUGUUUGAGUGAAAAUCCAAAGUAAUUUUCCAGUUCACCUCAAAAGAUCACUUUUGUGCACCAAUCCUCCCAAUUCUUGAACAUUUGUCAAUGGGAGAGGAAUUGAUCAUUUUUGAUGAGAUGUUGGCACCUUAUUUGUAUAAUGAUUUUGUCACUCAGUUCGUCUCUGUGCAUUAGUCCUUUGGCUGUGGUUUUCAGGCUUGAUGCUGCAGCAAAUGUUUAUUAAUCGAGCUACAUUAAACAAUGGAAUCUUUAUCGUCUCGUUAUGCAAACCAGUAGAAAAACUAGAAAGAUUGUGAGUGAGUUGAUUUCCACUGUGUUCAGGAGCUAUCUCUUUGUCAGUGCUACUUUAAUGAUCACAGAUUUGAAGUACUAGGAUUUCUAAUUACCAGUGUGAUCCAGUUGUACAUUUGCUUCAGCAUCUGUUACCUGACUAUUUAUGUAGUCGGAUUAAGCCAAGCAUUUGAAGGUUCGUCGAUUUUGCUUCAAACAUUGAUUGAAUGGUUAAUCGUACUUAUUGAUGUGUUGGUGUAUUAUUGCGGAAAUAAUUUGCUAAGGAGGUUAAACGCAUGAUUAAGAGGCUGCAGAUGGUGGAAAUCUGAAAUAUCACAAAAUGCAAAAAUGUGCGUCAGGCAACACCUGUGAAGUUGAUGUUUGCCAGCCUGGAAUGUUAGUUCUGUUUCUUUUUCCACAGAUGCUGACUGGCCUGCUGAUUUUUUUUUUUUUCUGAUCUGUGAUUUUUAUUAUGAGCAAUUUGGUUUUGGUGGUGAGAUAAGUGAGAUAAUGUGAAAUUGACAAUUUCCUUACGAGCCACAACUUGUCUUGACGUAAUGGGAAAGCAAGGAAAACGGAUUGUUUCCCCACUGGUAAUGCCUUGCAUGGAGUUUCCUGUAAAUUGUUUUAUAGCGUCAGCAUAAUCUCAUGCAGAACUGUUCUAUCACUUUAAUUUUGUAAACGUCAAAUUUACUUUAAAAAAAAAAAAAAAAAUCUAAAUCAAACAUUUUAAAAUAGUGCUGUAAUGUUUGUCAAACCACUUGUGUUUAUCACAUUCCUGCGUUGUAUGCUACAUGUUCAGUGAAAAUCCAAUCCAUUAUAUGUCUUGUAUGAACAUGGUAGCUGUUUUAAUGAGAUGAAACAUUUGCGACAAACGGCAAUGACGACAGUCUUCAAACGUGAGUUCUAUAAUAUAUUUGUUUUUUAACUGGUUUUUAUCUCCAGUGACCUGGUCUAACUAAUCGCUCUCCACCAUCAUAAUGUGGUUUACUUUGUGGUAGCAUCAAAAGAGCGCCUAAAACUAGUGUUAAAUCGGCUCAGAUCUUAUCUUCCCGUGCACCUUUGACCAAACGAAAGUGGUGAUUCACAUUUCUGACCCACUGCUAAACCACUUGCUCAGUUUACAUUGGGUUGGGUUUAUGGGUUGCACGAUGCUACAAUUAGCUGUAUUUGUAUCUAACCCUUGAGAAGAUAAGAAAGCUAACCAACCGGUUGGUAUUCUCAGUUUUACAUGUGUGCUACAUUUUGCUGGAAGAUGAAACCUGCUCAUUGUUUUUACUUGAUGGGUUAAAAUUCCUUUUGGCUCCUUUUACCAUUACGUAGCUGGGUAUAUUUCCUUCCUUCUUAUGGUAGAGCAGUUUUGUUUAAUAAUGUGGUAUGGAAUAUAAUUGUUUUAAUAGUUAACUAAUAUUUCCCCGAUUUUUUUUUUUUUUUUUUUUUUUUUUAAUUUCCCCUUGUAUUUAGUCAGUAAUAGUACAAUGAAACGUUCUUUAAAAUGACAACUGUUUUGAUCUCUGACACAGUGAUUUACAAAGAUUAUUUCAAUGGGCAAAUCUUUCAAAUUGCCUCUAUUUAAAUGUGCAGGGAACUGAUAUAUCGUGGAUAAACGCAAGGGAUUUUUAAAAUUUUUUAUUAAGAUUGUUUCCGUCAAUGCAAAUUCACACUACUCACUUCAUCCACGUCUAUAAAAGUACAGAAAUAAUAGCACACUGAAAAUCGUUAUUCAGCCUCCUUGAGUUGUUCUGAUAACUUGGGGUUCAACAAUUCUGGUGAACUGCAUUGCAAAAUUGUUUUUUUGUGGCUUUCUUUAGGUGCUAAAAUAAUAAUCUAACAAUGGAUGGCUGCAUGUGACCAGCCAAAUUGUAGGUUAGACUGACCUGAAACCUGAGAAACAACUUUUAAUGUUCUUCUCAUAUUUGCUCUGCAGGUGAUUCCUGUUGAUCUGCUGGAAAAAAUUCUCUAUCUUUUAUACAAUUUUAGUGUUCCUUAUUGUACAUUCAAUUGAUUAAAACAUUAUUACUUCCAGCUACAGCGAGCUAUUGAUUAAACUUUACAGGAAUUGAAUUGAGGUGUCCUAAAACUGAGGUUGGAAGAUCUUAUUUCCUUUAGCUAACUUUCUCAGGAAUAAUCAGUGCACAAAGGGCACACGUUUUAAGAUGUGUAAAAUGAAAUUGAUUUCUAUUGUCUUUUGGGUUGUCGCUCUAAGAUUCGAUCGAGAAAAUGAAUUAUUUUGCUUUAAAGGUAUUUUGUCAAUUUAUUUUUUUGUAUAAUUUUUUUUUUUUCGCGCCCAAGUUUGGCACUUUAUUUUGCUGACACAGAUUUGUCACUUCGGUAAGAAUCUUACAAAUAUAUAAAUGUGAUGUCUUGUUACGCAAACUGUUUCAUGCAUCUGUUGAAACUCUGUCUUGCACUAUACUGCACUGAGUUUGAGGAUCUCAGUGAUAUGUCUCAACUUUUUAACACCGUAUGAAGGGUUAUCUACAAUUACUUAUCAAAGCUAUUACUUUAUGAAUUGUAUAUGUUGGUGUAGAAUACCCUCGGUUAUUCAUUUUCCAAGUUUCAAAUUUUAAUGUUUUACUCUUGUUUAGUACUCUUGAUGUCUAAACUUUGUGAAAGGGCUCAGUAUUUUGUAACAGAUAUAUAUUUUGUUACAUUAUAUAUUGCAUUGCUUUCCUAAAAUACUUUUGUUGGAUAUCUGACACUAAUACCAAGUUUUAUGAAGUGUUGAUGUAAUUUAAUAUGCAUUCUCUAAACAAAGUGGCCCAUCAUAAUAUCUUUACAAAUGUUUGAUUUUUAGUGUACAUUUGCCCUCAGAUGUUUGUGUUUCAAUUUGUGUGGUUGUAAUCUUGGGGCUAUUGGUGACCUUCCUUGUAAUCAUUCCUUUUUUUUCUGUUCUGCAGUGCAAGCAAAUAUGUGUAACCUGCCAGACCACAUUUUUGUAACAUUUUUGAGAUGGAAAAAUAUUUCCUUUACAAAUGGGGGAACCAGUUUACCCAUAUUGGUUAGGGCAACUUUGUCUUUGUCUUCUAAAUGUAUCUAAUAAACUGAUUAUUAUA